UCCUCCGCACCCUCGGCUUUCCCUCUCCGCACCCUCGGCCUUCCCUCCCCUCCCCAGUUUCCAGCCGCGAGCCAACCCGACGCGAGUGCGUUGCGAGGGAGAGAGAAGAGGGGACUAGCACCAUGGGCGCCAGGCUGCUGCUCCUCUCCUUCGACUGCCCGGCCGUCGCUGGCGGGCGGCGGUCUCGUCUGUCUGCAGUGCCACGGAUGUCUUCCGGUGCCCCCCUCGUGCGGCCCCCAGCCUCAUCCGUCUGCGCGUUCGCGGUCACCGCCGCUAGAGGCAACCUGCCGCACCACACCUCCGUGGUUGUGGAGGGUGGUGGAGUUUACACUGUUGGUGACUUUAUGACUAAAAGGGAACAACUCCAUGUUGUGAAACCAUCCACUUCAGUAGAUGAAGCUCUUGAGAGGCUGGUGGAGCAUCGAAUAACUGGCUUUCCUGUUACCGAUGAUCACUGGAAUUUGGUUGGUGUGGUCUCAGAUUAUGAUCUGUUAGCACUGGACUCGAUAUCAGGUAUUGUUUGGAAUUGCUGUGAAAUGGACAAGCUGAGGCUGACAUAUUUCCUGAGGUGGACAGCACUUGGAAAGUACAUUUUGAAAGGCUUGGACGGAUAAUAGACUUAAUUGUGUCGCAUGGUUAUGCAUCUACCUUUAGGACCACCCCCUCCCUCACAUGCACACGCACGCACACACGCGCAUACGCAUACACACAAGUUGUAGAGGUAGUUUGUCACUGGAUGUGGGAUGACAUGUAGGAUUGGAGAGCUCAAAUAAAAAUUACUUGCUAUUGCCAGCUGCGAGAUACAAAGGUGUAGAACAAUUUAUUUACUUUUGUGAAAGGGAAUGAUAGGCUUGGGCUCAGUCAAA